AUGUUUCCUUUAUUCAAAAACCUGACGAUGCUUGUAAAAAUAUUUAUUUACGGCAGAUACUUGAAUCGAAAUCGAGUGAUUGAAGAAAGGCUAAAUUUAUGCCGAUUUGAAGAUAUACAAAGAACAAAAGUUGUUUUAAACUUCAAGAUACCUGCAGGCAAAAGGAUAUUUGGUUUCACUCUAAAAGAGCUCAGUUAUCGAUGUGCGGAAGUUCACCAUAAAGAAUAA